AUGAACAGUAUGUCUGGCUACGAGAAAGUCGCAAAUUUCAUGACCCAUCAUGACGAAAUGGCAGUAUUCAAGCGGUUCAAGUUUUGAACAAUCUGAAUGCUUUGUAUCUCCAAGCUGAGUUGGAAAAUUUCGAAGGAGAUAUAAAGGGAUACAUGAAAGCCGGAUUUCCACCAGGAACCAGUGAUUCGGAUGAAGAAUCAUUACCCGAACAUGGAGACUCCGAUGACGUGGAGACAGCUGGUAGUGCUGUAUCUGGUAUUGAUGUUUAUGAUGGGUCUUCAACAACCAGUGUGACGACACAAGGACAAACGAUUACUUCUCAAAAUACAACUUCGAUAAUCGAAUCCCCAAGCUGUAUCCAAUUGCAAAACCGCUCGCAUACAUCGUCUCCUUCCAAAGCAGCAGUAGACUGGUGGUACCUGGUACCUGGCAAAUCAAGAUGAAAACCAAGAUGCAUGGAAUACCAUGCUGACAGCUCGUCAGAAACUCAAAGAAUACAGUCCGUCCUCGCUAGUACUGUUUCCUCAAAUCUUCUAAUAUACCUCAACAGACAAAACGUUGCUCAUUCAAAAACACUUCUACUCCAUCCCACCACCACACAAACAUGUCCUGAAGUUCCUUCAAACUUGGCUUCAAAGUACCACCAUGGGAAAUCUUCCAAUCUGGGGCGUCGAUGGGGACAUAUGGAAAAACUCUUCAUCGGGGGACUUGAUCGCUCUCUCACCCAGCAAAUGCGAAGAUUCACUCGGCCUCUUCUUCUUGGAAUCCACAUCAACAUGGUGGCAUAGCUGUAUAGGUCGACGAUUAAAAAAGCCAGUCGAUGAAGAAAUGCAAUAUCUCGAGUACAAAAACAAAAGUGUCGUGAGAGUGGCUGAUGGUUUGAGUUCUGUUCUUUCGUCUCUGUUUCUUGUGGCUUCCAUAAUGAUACUGCAUUUUGUUGUGAGUACUAUUGUGAGGUUGAUUAUUGUUGCCAUAUUCACGACGUUAUUUCCAUUUGCAUUGAUCUUGGUGACGAACGCGAGAAAGGUGGAGGUAUUUGCUGGUACGACGGCGUAAGUGAACGAUUAUAAGAAUUGCAGGAUUUGACAUUGUAGGAAAAUGCUAAUGAAACCAUUUUCUGAUAGCUUUGCGGCAGUACAGGUCGUGUUUGUUGGAAGCACUUCUGCUAUAUUAGCAAACUAUCCGGGUGCAACUCCUUUCCUUGGCUGUGGUCAAGCAAAGCUGCUUUAUCUGAUGGUCCAAGUUGGAUAUCAAUUUGUCAAAUCAGAGAACCGGGAAAACUACAAUGAAUGA